UUUACCAGCACAUUUUUUAUAAAUCCUGUUGAAUAUGAAGUCGUUUUAGAAAGCGAUGUAGGUGUUGUGUAAAACUAAAUGAAAUCUCCGCUCAUCCCCUGUCUUUAAUGAUUGAUCCAAAUGUCAACAUGCUUCCAGUUUGCAGUCCAAGUCCAUGUAACCCCCUUUAUUCAUAACAAUGACUGAAUCUGUACACGAGGCUUCUAUCUUUUGGAUGUUUCAGAUGUGAUCUGCGUUUUAUUUAGAAUUGUGAGGUCAUAUAAGCAACUGCUGGAUUUAAAAGCUUUUGAUCUACUUUGAAGACACAAUGAUCUUCAUUUCAGCUGAAAAACGACAUUUGGCUUUUUAUUUGUCAGUAGGUCUGUUGAGUAUACCACUGCUUGCAGAAUGCCUUGAGGUUAGGCUGGUCGGGCCUUCACGUUGCUCUGGUAGACUGGAGGUCUUCCACAAUGACAUUUGGGGAACUGUGUGUGAUGACCAAUGGAGCCUCGCCAACGCUAAUGUGGUAUGUCGAGAGUUAAACUGCGGGACAGCUCUUGAGGCCAAAAAAGCCGCGUUUUUUGGAGAGGGCCAGAACACGAUCUGGUUGGAUGAUGUGCAGUGUACUGGUCAUGAGACAUCGAUCCUCAAGUGCCCGCACAGAUCAUUUGGGACGAAUAACUGUGGCCACUCAGAAGAUGCUGGGGUUAUCUGUUCAGAACAUGUGAAGGUAACCAACGGAAGCAAUCGGUGUACCGGCAGAGUGGAAAUCUACCAUGAAGGCAACUGGAAGCGAGCGUGCAGAAAUGACUGGGCUGAAUUAAACUCUGACGUGGUGUGCCGAGAGAUUAACUGUGGCACCCCUGUCACUCAGCCUGAAGUGCUAUAUUUUGGAGAGGCAAAUGUCGUGGAAGGCUUAAAACCAAACUGUUUGGGAAAUGAGAGCUCUAUCUCACAGUGCAAAUUUCAGGAAAGCAAGGAAAGCUGUGUGGAUGCUACUAUUGUCUGUCAAAACAGCAAAAUGAUUCGACUUAUGAACGGUGCUUCUGAAGGUGGGUGCUCUGGACGUGUGGAAAUCUACCACGAUGCACAGUGGGGAACAAUUUGUGAUGACAAAUGGGGGAUGCAGGAAGCAGCUGUUGCAUGUCGAGAGGUCAAUUGUGGGACUGCUAUCGCUGUCAAGUACAGCUCUUUUUUCGGAAGAGGUCAGGAUCAUGUUUGGUUGGACGAUGUUGAGUGCACUGGUCAUGAGAAGUCCAUUUCUGAAUGCCCGCACAGAGGUUUUGGAGAACACGACUGUGACCACAGUGAAGAUGCUGGUGUUAUAUGCUCAGAUUCGAUCAGAUUGUCCAAUGGGACUGACCAAUGCUCUGGCAGGCUGGAGAUCCUUGUCAAUGGCCGCUGGGGGAAAAUUUGUAAAAACUGGGGCAGUGAAGAUGCUGCAGUGGUGUGUAACGAACUCAACUGUGGUAGUCCACAAAAAUUUCAAGAAAACUUCAAUUUUGGUGACAGUAACCUAAGAGGGUUUACAAGUAGAUGCUCUGGCACCGUGGAUUCCUUCUCCAAAUGCAAUCUUCAAGAAUACACCGGGAUGUGUGAAGGUGUUUCUCUUUCAUGUGGAGGUGAUCCACCACUAAGGCUUGUCAAUGGCACUGAUCGAUGCUCUGGUAGAGUGGAGGUUCGUCAUGAUGGGCAGUGGGGAACUGUGUGUGAUGAUGAGUGGGACAUCAGAGAUGCUCAGGUUGUUUGCAGAGCCAUGGACUGUGGAACAGCUAAGACGGCCAAAUCAGCUUCCUUCUUCGGUGAAGGCAAAGGAGACAUCUGGCUGGAUGAUGUUUCCUGCAUCGGUAACGAGACAUCGCUAGUGCACUGCCAUCAUGCCUCCCUUGGAGAAAAUAACUGUGGCCACUCUGAAGAUGCGGGUGUGGUGUGCUCAGCUACUAUUAGACUGAUCAAUGGGACUGACCAGUGCUCAGGCAGGGUUGAGCUCUCCAAUGGUGCCAAAUGGUCACCAGCAUAUAAUGUUAACUGGGGAAAAAAUGAAGCUACAGUGGUGUGCAGAGAGAUGAAUUGCGGGGAUCCUGACAAGCUUUCAGGAUCAUACGGUCAUGGCGAAUAUCCUGGAGGGUAUCAGGUCAGUUGUAAUGGUAUAGAGAGUUCUCUCUCACAGUGCAGACUGACAGAACAUGGAAGAGCAAGCCAUGAUCACAUUGAAGAGGCAUCUGUAAAAUGUUCAGGCAAUGUGAAGUUGUCCAAUGGAUCCAAUCAUUGUUCUGGAAGAGUGGAGUUUUACGACGAAGGCCAGUGGAGGACAGUGUGUGGUAAUUCCUGGGAUGUGAAUGAUGCAAAUGUGGUGUGCAGAGAGCUUGACUGUGGGACAGCUCAUAAGAUUUCUACAAUGACUGAGUAUGGCCAUAGCACAGGACAAACCUGGAUCAAUCGAAUCGACUGCAAUGGAUUGGAGUCAACACUGAGUCAGUGCGCACAAAGUCCACAAAGCGGAACCUGCAACAUUACCUCAGUUGCUGGUGUUGUCUGCACAGGAAGUUUGGAGGUCCGGCUGGCUAAUGGUAAGGACGUGUGCUCUGGCAGAGUAGAGGUCCGUCAUGGUGAAAUUUGGCAAACUGUGUGUGACACAGACUGGGACAAGAGUAAAGCUCAGGUGGUGUGUGACCAGCUUGAAUGUGGGGAGGCAUUGAGCGCUCAAGGCAGUGCACAUUUUGGUCAAGGCAGUGGAUCAGUAGUGGAGGCGAGCGAUUCAUGUUUCGACAAUGUGACAUCUCUUCACCAAUGCUCGGUCAAAGGUUUCAGAGGAGCAAGCUGUGGGCACGACCAUGAUGCUGGCACUGUCUGUGCAGCACAGGUUCGGUUGGUCAGCGAAUUAAGUCAAUGCUCCGGUAGAGUGGAGGUCCUCUACAAAGGCCAGUGGGGGACUGUGUGUGAUGAUGAUUGGGAACUGAGCAGUGGAGAUGUGGUAUGUAGACAGCUUGGCUGUGGACAUGCAAUUUCUGCUCCUACAAAUGCCCACUUUGGUAGAGGCACUGGUCCAAUAUGGCUGGAUAAUGUGGAGUGUGCAGGCGAUGAGAAUGCAAUCACACAUUGUCCGCAUAACGGUUUUGGACAGAAUAACUGUGGACAUGGAGAAGAUGCUAGUGUUAUCUGUUUAGGUGCUCUUCAGAAGCCCCAAAUCACUUUGAAUCCUGCUACAGAGGUCAACUGGGGUGACAGAGUUGAUAUCACAUGCAGUAUAGUAACAGAAAGGUUGGGCGGGACAUUCGUCCUGAAGAGGAUCGAAGACUCCUUUAAAAUGGAAAAAUUCUCUGACAAUGAUGCUGUUACCUUUACCUUCCAAACAGUGAAUUUCAACCAAAAAGGGUCAUAUUUCUGUGAAUAUCAAAAGAAAUUGCCCAAUCAAGUCAUCUAUUUUCCUCAAGGAGAAACGGCAGAUCUCUCCAUCAAAGUGAAACUGGAAAAACCCACCAUCUCCCUGUCAUCUCCUUACGCAAUGGUGGUCUACAGCCCUGACAAAAUAUCGGUCAAUCAAGGGAGCAGCUUCUCGCUCACUUGCUCUACUCAUUCCAGAUACACUGGAGGUUUCUUCUAUCUGACAAAGUCCAACAACAAUGACACUGUAGCGGUGCCUUCACAUGGCCACUUAAUCUACUACAUGGCAACCUUUGAAUUUCCUGAAAUAGAUUAUAAAAACCAAGGGGAGUAUAGGUGCAUCUACGGUAUAAACAUAUCUUCAAAGUCCUUCUGUUCAGUUCCCUCCAAGCCACUCCAAGUCACUAUAGCCGGGGCCUCAUCCUCUUCAGUGGUCUCCGGAGUGGUUGUGGGUGUGCUAUUGGUGUUGGUACUUGUGGGGGUUAUAGGUUACCUGGUGUGGAGAAGGAGAAGGAGGGGUGCUGGUACUAUGGUUCAGUUCAGUAACCGGUUUGGAGGAGCAUUAAAGGAAGAUCUCGACGAAAGGAGCAACGGAGCACUCUAUGAAAGUGGCAGAAAUACCCAAGUGAAUGAGCAGUCACGCAGUCCCGGGCAGGAAGAAAACAACACUGAUGGUGAUAACUCUGUGGAGAGGAUCCCUGAAGAUCUGGCUGGGAGAGUGUGCUAUGAGCUCGAACCACUCGUUUUUUCUUGAUAACAAAAGGCAUCAAGGAAUAAUGCCAUGCAGAAGUAGGGAGUUUAACUUUCUGAGUCUGCAGCAUCUUUAUAACCACAGCCUACAGUACAAUGAUGUCACAGUUUAUCGGUGACUACUGGUUUCCAGCAGGUGAUCUGUGGCUCUUUCAGGAAGACCAGGUUAUGUGUGUUUUUACACCUUUUUAACUAAAUAAUUGUGUUGAAAAUCUACACUUCAGUAAAUAUCUGCUGCAUUCUUUGCUUUAAUCAUGUGGUGAUUUAAAUGUUUCUGAGAGAUUCUGCUAAUCAACUGACCUGCAGGAGGAUGCUGAUUACAUUGUCUUUGUAUUUCAUGGUAAUGUGCUUUAUUUGGUGUAUAUGAAGGCAGAUCAAUAAAUAUGUAUUUGUUACAA